UAUAUUGUGAAGCUAUUUUAAACAUCUAACCAAGAAAAUUUGAGAGAAAUGGAGGUGGAGAGAGUGCAAGAGAUUGCUAAUUUCUCGAAAGAAACAAUCCCGGAAGAAUUCAUUAGAACAACGUACGAGCAGCCAGCACUGACUACGGUUCAGGGGACGGUGCUAGAGGUCCCGGUUAUCGAUCUAAGCGCCCCCGAUGAAGAGAAGGUUGUACGAGCCAUUGUGGACGCUAGCAGUAAUUGGGGAAUGUUCCAAGUUGUGAACCAUGGCAUUCCCCAUGAAACCGUAAGGAAGCUGAAAGAGGUCGGAAAGGCUUUCUUCGAGCUCCCACCACAUGAAAAGGAAGCUUACGCCAAGUCCCCGGGAUCUCAAUCCAUUGAAGGCUAUGGAACGAAGCUUCAAAGAGAAGUUGAAGGGAAGAAAGCUUGGGUUGAUCAUCUCUUCCAUAAGAUCUGGCCUCCUUCUGAAAUUAACUAUCAAUUUUGGCCUAAAAACCCACCUUCUUACAGAAAGAAUAACGAGGAAUACGCAAAGCACAUGCAUGGGGUGGUCGACAAGCUAUUUAGAUGUCUGUCAUUAGGGUUAGGGCUGGAAGGGAAUGAGAUGAAGGAGGCUAUGGGUGGCGACAACAUGGUUUACCUUCUUAAGAUCAACUACUAUCCGCAGUGCCCUCAGGCGGACCUGGCGCUCGGCGUGCCUGCUCACACCGACAUGUCUGCCAUCACCAUAUUGGUGCCUAAUGAUGUCCAGGGCCUCCAAGCUUGUAAAGAUGACCAUUGGUAUGACGUUGAAUACAUUCCUAAUGCACUCAUUGUUCACAUUGGAGACCAAAUCGAGAUUGUGAGCAACGGAAAAUACAAGAGUGUGCUUCAUAGGGCCAAAGUGAAUAAAGAGAAGACAAGAAUUUCAUGGCCAGUGUUUGUGGAGCCACCAUCGGACUUAGAAGUAGGGCCUCAUCCUAAGCUCGUUAAUGAAGCAAAUCCACCUAAAUUCAAAUCCAAAAAGUACUCUCAGUAUUGUUUCUGCAAGCUCAACAAGACUCCCCAAUAAGCUGUUUCUUUACCGUAAAUAAAAUUACAGCUUAAACUAAACAAGCUUCCAUGGCCAGCUCUGCAGUGAAAAUAAGAAUUACCGUAUCUAGGAAUAUGUGUGUGAAGUUUUAUGUACCGUUUCAAGCUUCAUCCUUCUUCUUCUGUUCAUUGCUGUACCAUCUUUCCAGUGAUUAUUAGAUUAUCAUUCAAAUGA